UCUCUCUCUCUCUCUCUCUCUCAACCUCCUUUUCUCUCUCUAGAAGCUACCACAUCUCUCAAAGUCAUUUGUGGCAGCAAAACAAGAUCUAUCAACUGAUAUCAAGAUUUGCUUAUAGCCAUGGCUAUUGAGAAGGUGACUGAAAUGGUGCUCAAGGUUGAUCUCCAAUGUCCCAGCUGCUACAAAAAGACCAAGAAAACACUCUGCAAAUUUCCUCAAGUUAGAGACCAAAAAUACGAUGAGAAGGCGAACACGGUCACGAUCACGGUCGUGUGCUGCAGCCCGGAAAAAAUCCGCGACAAAUUGUGUUGCAAAGGCGGAAAGGCCAUCAAGAGCAUCACCAUAGUCGAAUCCGGCAAGCCCAAAGCUUCCGACAAGCCCAAAGAGCCCGAAAAGCCCAAGGACUCUGCCGACAAGCCCAAAGAAAAAGAUAAGCCCAAGGGUGGGCCCGAGAAGCCCAAGGUAGUCAUUGUUGAGCCCAAAGAUAUGGGGAAGCCCAAGCCCAAGGAACCCGAAAAGCCCAAAGACAUGGAUAAGCCCAAACCCAACGGCAAACCCGAAAAGCCCAAGCCCGAUGGACCGCCUCCUGCAGACAAGCCCAAGCCCAAGCCCGAUGGACCGCCUCCCGCCAAAAAGCCUGUGGAUGAGCCCAAGGGAGCUCCAAUGCCGAUGCCUGGGCUCGGGCCUGGGCCUGGGCCCGCUAAAGGGCCCGGGCCCAUGAUGGUCCCUUUUCCAGUGGAGCAGAUGAAGGGCCCGGCACCGGCUCCGGCUCCGGCUCCGGUGCAGGGAGUCCCGUCGGUUUUCCCAUAUGUUGGGCCGAGCUAUGAUGGAUAUAAUGCGGGCCCAUACUAUCAUGGGUAUGGAUUUCCAGCGCCGGCCCAGCCCGUUUACCAUGAAGGGUAUUAUGAUCAUGGAAAUGGGCCGGGUUAUGGGUAUGGAUAUGGAUAUGGGCCGGGUCGGGUUGACAAUGUGAACAGAUACGGUGAUAGUUACUUCACUGAUGAAAAUCCUCAGGUUUGCUCUAUAAUGUGA